AUGGCCGCCAGUCUCGAUGAGGCCGACCGGAUGGUGGAGGAGACGGCGUCGCGCGGGAUUGCGUUGGCGUCGGGGGACGCCUAUCGCAACAUGCCGCAGCACUGGAAGGUCAAGGCGCUCAUCGACUCCGGUGAGCUUGGGCCGGUGCAGAGCAUCAACCUGUACCAGCCGACCAACGAGAUCUCCGGCGGACGGGUGCCAGGGACUGAGCGUCUUGACGCCUGUUCGCCGACGACUCGGACGUGGAGUGGGUGA